CUAUUAUCUAAGAUAGGUAAAUUGCUUGUCAAGCAUUGGACAUAGAAUGCAUGCAGCACGAAUUCUUCGUCAGUAACUACGGUACACGGAUACAUACUGGACAGUAUCGUACAUAGUUGUCAUCUUUCCGACGAGACCGGCAGUUCAUAAACAAUCAUGAAGGACGAACUAAUGGUGGUGAUUUAUGUGGCUACAGAAGAGGAAGAGUUUAAUAUCCCAUUAUCCUCCAAUCUGAGCAUAGAGGAUUUAUGUAUUCAGGUAUGCAGGAGACUUGGGAUAGGUCCAAUAGCAAAAUAUCUCUUUGCCUUGCAAUGCCAUUCUUCCAAACUGUGGUUUCCUUUUUGCCACAAACUUGACAAAAAGGGGAAAUAUAAGUUCAAUUUUCGUUUGAGAUUCAAGCCAUCCAGUUUGCAGAGAUUAAAACAUAUAGAUAAACAAGCAUACAAUUAUUAUUUUCAACAAGCUCGUUCUGAUGUAAUGGAUAAUAAAGUACCUGAUAUUGUUUAUGAAACACACAAAAAGGAAUUAAUUGGCCUAGGAGUCAGUGAUAUGUACAGGGUAAUGCUCGAGAAACAAUUGCCACGAGAAACUGUAGAAUCAGAUUAUAAAAAAUAUAUACCAAAAGAGUGUGUAAAAAGACAUGCCUUCUUCAUUAAGAAACCUAUACGCAAUGCAUUGGGUCGAUUAUCUGGGCAUAAUGCAUCUCAUGUCAAGGAAGAAUAUCUGAAGCAAUUUGAGUGCAUGGCUCCCAACUACCCUUAUGAGGAGUAUAAAGCACUGAUGGAUAAACUGGGUCCUGAUCCACCAGCUAAGGUCUUACUUAGGGUAAAAAUCGAGGAAGUAAAGUUCUAUGAUACGGACAGCCGUGAAUGGAAUACACUUUGUGCAAUAGAGGAUCUUUGUUUCAUUUCCAUAGGGCAAGCUAACAACGUGGAAGUUUCGAGGAAAAAUGGCAUACCUACAUAUUUAACAUUUGACGACAACGCACAUUUAAUGUCCUUCGUGUCCGCGUUGGACGGGUAUUACCGAUUGUCCAUUAAAUGGACUUUCAAUCUAUGCAGCAGUGUUAUCACGCCUACCUUGGAUAGACUGCACAAGUUAAAGUGCCAUGGUCCAGUCGGGAGAGAAUUCUCGUACGCCAAACUCAAGGAGAAACGUGCCAACAAAGCGGGAACUUACAUACUGCGCGAGAGCGAGACCGAGUACGAUGUUUACUACAUCGAUGUUUGCGGAGCAGAUGGGAAAAUAUUAACGCAGAAAAUAGAGCAGGUUGCAUCUAACGAAUUUGCGCUAUCAAAUAGCACAGAGAGGUACAAAUCUCUGGGACAUUUGAUCUUUUCGUUUCAAGAGCCCGCCAGUGUUCUAUACCUCGCAGAGUGCUUGCCACCUUCGGAAUAUGACGUAUCGCCAUUAUUGAUAUGCGCCUCGGAAACAGUCGGGAACGAAGUAGCGGCGGACGAGGAAAUAAUCAGUAACAUGUUGGAGGGCGGGCCACGGUGCGUUCAGUGGAAAGAUUUGCAGAUGUACAAAGCGUUCGUCAAGAGGGACGAGGAUCUAGGUCGCAAAUCGCCCACGAAACUGUACCACGCUAUGUGGCGAAUCGCUAAGGGCAAGAAACUCGAAGUCGCGAUGAAGGUGCUCAAGAACGAAGAGAAUAAUUAUACCAAAGAGUUCCUGGAACUAGCCGGCAAGUGGGGCCAAUUGCGAUCGGGUGCUUUGGUGAGAUUGUAUGGCAUAACUGUGGCGCCUACGAUCGGUAUGUUGCUCGAAAACGCGCAGAUGGGUCCGUUAGACAAGUAUCUACGUAGCAAUCCUCCGCAAACUAUAAAAACGGCCGACAUGGUAGAAGCCACAACUUGUUUGGCGACGGCUCUGUGGCACUUGGAGGAGAAUAACGUGGUGCACGGGAAUAUACGAUGUAGGAAGCUGCUGGUGCACACUCACACCGCCAAUAGUUUUAUCGUUAAAUUAACGGACCCCGGUAUUUUUACUAAUACAGAAGCCGAUCUACACUGGAUACCGCCUGAAUGUUAUUCGAAUCUAGAAUCCGCGAAAGGCAACGCGCAAGCCGACAUAUGGGCGCUGGCUACGACUAUUUGGGAAAUAUUUUCCAGGGGGCUUCCAAUCUGGAAAAUAUCCCCACCCUUGUAUCCCAACGCUAAUAUCGUCAAGAAGUUUUAUGAAUCCGGAUACCGGUUACCCCAACCUGCGGGUUGUCCAAACAGCGUCUACAGGCUGAUGCUGCAGUGCUGGGGCGAGAAUAACACGUCGAGGAAACAACCUCAGGCAAUCAUGCGAGAUAUCAAUCAGAUUCUAUAUCAAGUGUACAAUUCCCGUAGAACACACGCUUACGCCACGGCAUUCCCUAAACUCUUCAAAGAAAAUUACCGAAUUCUCAAGAACAAGGAUGACAACGAUGACGACGUCGACGACGACGAUGUCGAGGUCGACGAUGUCGAAGAUGUUGACGAUAACAACGACGACCUCGACGAAGACGACGACGACGAUGACGACAAUGAAGAUACGAUAGGGAGCACGGAAAAUGGCGGAUCGCGAAGGAGUUCGAAUUUCACGGAAUAUACCAACUUAUCUUGCGGGGAUACGGAGGAUGCCACUUCGAGUACGAAGACUUUCUUCAUCCCUAUCGACUAUACAAAGGAUUUAUCAUCCUACCUGGACUUGCUGUUGCGCACAAUGCGCGGUGGGACUAAGAAGCAUAGCAAGAAUCGUGUUCUUCGUAUGAAUCGGGAAAGUAGCAUCAGCGACAUGAUACACUUGGAGAACGGAAGUAACAACGGCAGCAUCGUCUACGAAUGCUCUCCGAGCCAAAUGCAGGAUGUCUUCGAGCUAGACGCGGAGUGCAAUGUAAUCCUGCAAGGACUCAUCGGUCAAGGUUUUUACGGCGAGGUGUACAAAGGUGCGAUCGAGAGGGAAAAUAGCAAGGACGAGCCGCAGCUGGUGGCCAUCAAGAAGCUCAAAACGCGCUCCAUGGACACAGGUCAGCGCGACUUCGAGAGGGAAAUUUCGAUUAUGAAGACCCUCGCGCAUCCGAAUAUCGUGCAAAUCCUGGCGGUUUUGUCGGACCCGGAACCGUGCCUGGUCAUGGAAUUCGUCAAGCACGGUUCGCUGCAGAGUUACUUGGCGAUUAACCGGCACAGUCUCACGCACAACAGACUACUGAAUUUCGCCCACGAUAUCGCCACAGGCAUGGAUUAUCUCGGUAACAUGAAUAUCGUUCAUCGAGAUCUCGCAGCAAGAAACAUUUUAGUAGCGGACGAGAACCGAGUAAAGAUCAGCGACUUCGGUCUCGCGCAAGUGAUGGGCAACAACGAGUAUUACAUACUACAGACCAACCGCGAUCUUCCGAUAAAAUGGUACGCACCGGAGAGUCUUAGGGACGGUAAAUUCUCGACCCGUUCGGACGUGUGGUCGUUUGGCGUAACGAUGUACGAAAUCUUCAGUUUGGGCGAGGACCCGAAACUGCCGGGGUUCCAACAGAAACGCACAGACGACAGUCGCAACGUCGAUGACCCAGAGGAAGGCAGUAGCGCCGAGUUGUUGAUCGCAUUGGAACAAGGCGCCCGUCUUCCUUGCCCGCCUAAGUGCCCACAAGCAGUGUACGUGAAGCUGAUGUACCCCUGCUGGAAUCUACAGAGCCAACUGAGGCCUAAGUUUUCCACGUUGUGUCAGGAUAUUCAGCAGCUCUUUAGCGAGUAUUGAAGUGUCCUCUCGUCGUUGCGGGUCACCCUGUUGGCAAAAAUAUAGACUGGCUACCCCACUACACUUAUCCACUCCUGUCCUUCAUUUUAAUAGUUUGACGAGUUUAUGAAGCUCAACACAGCUUCGUAAACGAGCUUCAUCGGGACCUCUCUCUUGCACCUCGCACCAUUUGAUACUAGAUAUAUAUCGAACUUCAAAUUACCUUUUACGAUCGCAACGCCUUCCGACACAAGGUAUAUAUCGAUAAUCGAGACUACGAAUGCGAACGGUUAGAAUUUGAGAAAAGAAUCCGUUUAAGCAGAGACACGAAAACCAAGAUUUCCUUACCCAACCCUUGUCCUGGACGGUCAAUUUGCAAACGGCUUGCCGCGUAUAUGUAUUUUGUUAAUUUUUUAUCCCUCGACCAUACCCCGAGGUGAGAGAACCUCUCACCCGACCGAAAAGCAAUCGAGGAAUCAAUGUAAUUCAAAAGCGCGAUAUCGAACACGCAUCUCCCAUAGCAAAGGUGUAUCUAGUCGACUAUCGUGUCGCUACUUUAUUAUUCUACGAUGUGAAAUAAACGGCCGCAAUAUUUUUUCAA